AUGUCAGACGAGCAGCUUGAUGGCGUUGAGAUGCCAGAUGUCCCCCUCGUAGACUUAGCAAAGUGCCUGGAGAAAGACGCAUCAGUGAGAGCCCGGGUGAUGGAAACUGAGGGUGGCCAACUCACACGUUGGCCAAACAAAAAUGCAGUUGGUUUGAAAUCGGUAAAGGCCAUGGGCCUAAAUUCAACAGCACUAGAAAUCAUGGCGGAAUGGUGGGUGCAGGAAUUGAGGCGAAUGCUUGGCAAGAACCCCAAGGAUGCGGUGAUCGUGCAUGUCGAUGGCAAGGGCUUGAAGUCUUUGUUUUCGCAUGGCAUCUGUCGUUUCAAGGACCGAUGUGAUACUAGUGAGCCCCGAGCAGCUUCUUCUGCUCCAGCUGCUGCACCUGUGCCAGCGCCAGAGGCAGCAGUUGUGGAGGAUCCGAGAGAUGGUGGGGAAGAUGAUGCUAUCAUGGUAGACUCUGUGACCUCGGGUGAUUUGGUUGUAGCAGUUUCAACAGACACGUUGAUGGAUACACCAAGCCAUGAGGAAUUUCAAGACUCACAAACAGACCCUGGAUGUUACUUGAGCCCAGUGCAUGAACCGAUCGAAAACCCAAGUGAAGAGUCAGAACCAGUUUCCAUGAGUUCGGCUAUGCUGCCCCCAUCCAUGGUGCCAGAGAAGAAGAGGGUUGCCGCAGACUUGGGGGACAGCCUUGACCCUUAUGCCCCUGGUCUAUCCUAUGAUGAGACUGCACGCAGGGUCCGUGCCCGGAUUCUUUUGCUCCAGUUCUUUGGCACGGAAGCUACUGAGACCCUGCCCAUGACUGAGACACAGGUCAUGGAAGUGUUUGAAGGCUUCUCGAAGCAAGAAUCCCCCCCUUGUUCCAGAUCCGCUACGGAGAAGGAUAUCAUGGUUUUUCAGAAGAAGCUUCAACGAUUGGAAAGCACCCUGAUUCUUGGCGAUUCUCCACAGCCUGAAGUGGUUCCUUCUCAUGAUGGUGGGGCAGCCUGUCCAGACAGUCCCAUGCCUGUGUCACCUGCGGAUGAAAUCUCAUUGACCCAGCUGAAUCCUGCGGAGGUUAGCCCUGAUGGAUGUGACCCAGCAAAUCCUGUGGAGGUGGAGGUCAGCUCUGAUGAUUCCGAUGGACAAACAGUUCCCCCAGUCUUACGAGAAGCUCAAGAUGCUUGGAAAGGUGCUGCCAUGGCCAAAGCCCCAAAGGAGGAGAAGGAAGAAUCGCGUGGUCGUGGAAGAGUUCGCGGGAGAGGUCGUGGCGGCCGGGCUCCCAAGCAACCUGCGGCCACUGAUGAGGUUGAGGUUGUCGCUUGCCCUCGCCGUGACUUGGAGUCUGCUUUUGACGCGGUGGAUGACACAGGUCCAAACGUGGAGGUGCCAGACUCUAAGGCAGCCAAAAAAGAAAAAAAGAAGAAAAAUGCGGAACCGACCAACAGUACCUCCAAGCGCAAGGAGAAGAAGGGUGUGGAGAAACCGAAAAAACAUCGUAAGAGCAUGGACAAGAAGGAUGGCAAGGACAAACCUGAUGAGCCAGAACAAGAUCCUGAGAUGAACAACCUCCUUGGUGGCAAUUCAACGUUUGCUGGAAGGUAUCCUCCUGACAGUGCUGAAGCCAGGAACCGCUUUGUGGCCAUGGUUUCCACCUACCUCUCGAAGGUGGCGCCGCACAUCGACAGCUCCAAUACUACUCAGCACUACUGGUGGAAAUUUGCUUUCAAGUCGAUUGCGAAGACCAAGAAUGUCACCUUGGAUGAUUAUCGUCGCAUUGUUGAAGGUGAAGUUGCGAAGUACCCACAUCCAGAAGAAUGUCAGGACUCAGGCGUGGGCAAAACUGGCUUGCUGGCCGGGGCUAUCUGUCAGACCAAGGUUGAUGGUGAGCCUGGCAUUGCAGGGCAAGUUCGCCCAGCUAUUGAUGUCUUUCAAUGCAAGCUGUGGAUGCAGAGCUAUGGGGGCCGUUGCCCCAAACCGACGAUGCUGGUUGCGAACACAGAGCUAAUCCAGAAGCUCGAGACUAGUAAGCCCAGGGGUGUGAAAGAAAGGUUGAUCUUCGCACCCCGCUCCAUGUCCUUUUCGGCGAAUACCCUUGGAGCUUUGCAAGAGUGGCUGGCACGCAAUGAGAAGAGCCGGCCAAUUCCCACACCGGUUCGGCCUCUUGAGGCUUCGCGACCUUCUUCUGCUCAUCAACCUCAAGUUGCUGGGAAUGUGGGGGCUGGUGCCGAGGUGGGUGAGAGUCACCACUACCGUGAGUCCAUCUCCAAUGCCCCCUUGACCUGUGGUUAUGCUACCCCUGAUGAAAGUGAUUCUGAUGUUGACAUGGAAAAAUUGAAUUUCAAUGAAGAUGGGAUUGUGCAACCGCCGGAAGUGGAGGUCCCCAAGGCAGACUCCAACGUGGGCUUGUCGCCGCGUGAUCUGCCAAAGCCCCCUGUUGCUGUUGAUGGCAUCCUUUUGAGUGGGGUUCCCUCGAUCGCGGAUCAGCAAGCUCCAAAGCCGCAGCUUCAAGUUCAUGAUAUUUCUCCAGCAGCAACCGCCAACGAAACCUUCAUCUCUGAAGUGGAGAUCUUACGUGAAGAGAUGCCUGAAACCGAAGUGGUUGUGGAGGGCCAAUUUGCUUCGGAGGCUGAAAUGGUUGAAUGGGGCUUCAGUGAGCAGCGAAUCACCGCUGUGAAAGAGCACUGCAAGACCAAUCCUACUAAGCUUCUGAGGAAAGACAUCUACGAGAAGACCCUGCUCUUUUACGUCGAACGUUGCAUCAAAGGUACUGAGAAGAGAAGAUCCCGCCUCACAAUGAGCAAGAGGGCACGCUUUGAAGAGUCCGGCAUCGAUGGCAUGGACAAUGGCUUUGAGAUGCCAGAUGCAUCUGCGGUUGAAGGCGACGAGACGCAGCAGCUCUUGGAUGAGUCCGAGAAGGUGGAUGCUGCUGCCAAGAAACGUAAGACAGCUCUGUGCAAACGAAUCAAAAAGAUGGAAGAGCUUGCUCAGAAGUUCAAUGUUGACUGGGCUCUAACGGAAUUGCAACAACGGCUCCAGACUGCCAUCAAGGAUUCGUGCAAGGCCUUGGAAAAGUGGCAUGGAACACUUUCGGAUGAGUACUCCGCUGGUGUGAUCAAUGGGUAUUCGAAGGAGACAGAAGCUCGUUUGAGAAAGCUGAUCGAUGAUGCUGGUGCACAGAGUGUGGUCGAACGUGCACCUGGUGAUACCAGCCAGAACUAUGCUGAAAUUUUGGCGGAUGGGGUCCCAGCAGCUGCUUUGCGCCACUACGGCGACCUUGCCAGGGCUGAGAUGGGUGAAUGUGGGAAGAACCUGGCGCCAACAAAUUCUGCCAGGGAUGCUCAUGCCUUUAUCAACCGGUGGGGUUUGAGUUGGAGGGUCCCAUACUCGCUCUUCAAGUACCAGGAAUCCGGACAAAGUUACGAGUUUUCAUACUUGAGCCCCAUAUCCUUCACAAAGUAUCUACUUGAGAAAGCCCCUCAGCUGGUCAUGGGUGGCAUUGAUGGAUGCCAAGGCCGGAAAAAUUUGGAAUCGUUCUGGGCUUCCUACAGGGCCAUCGAUCCUGAACAUAUUUUUUUCCAAGAAGAUUGCCCAGGGAGAACAUCGUCCAACACUUUGGCUUUUGCUGUUCAUGGAGAUGAGGGAAGGGGUGCUAAAAAAGGCAACACUUGCAUCAUCAGCAUGGAAACUGUUCUGGGUCUGCGACAUCCAUCAGCCCAGUGGGAUUCAACUACCUGUUCUGAAUGCGUAGUUUCCGCUAAAGGGGCAAAACGCUUUAAGCUAGGCCCUGAGACCACCCAGCAUCACAGUAUGGACGUGCCUCCAUGUGCGAAGCAAGUGACCAACCUCAAGGAGCACAGCUAUUUGACUAAGUUUGUGUUGGGGGUACUACCCAACAAGUAUUACAAAGGAACUGGUGUGUUGGAUGAAUUCCUCACUGUGCUAUGUGCAGCCUUUGAGGUGUUGUUCAAUGAUGGUGUGCUUAUUGGAUCUGACAGAUGGUAUCUUUGCGUGGUCGGCCUCAAGGGCGAUCUACGUUGGCACGAAAAGACUGCGCAUUUGGAGCGCAAAAUCCUUCACAAACUGGACUUUGUGAAGGCAGGAUCCUUCACAAACUGGAUCCUUCACAAACUGGACUUUGUGAAAGGACUUUGUGAAGAAGGAAGGGUGGAGGAGUUGUCGUCCUGCCUGCCGGGCGAUAAAGUGAUUGUAUGGUACAGUGAUGACUCGGUCUAUCAUGAGAGAGUGCUGCUGUGGAAAACUGGUGAGUCAACUUGGUAUAUUGUUACCCCUGAUCAUGACGUUUAUGUGGAGGAUUUCAAUGACCCGGCCAAUGGUCCAGCCAGAUUCCACAUCAAAGGGCUUCAUUUCAAGUACUAUUCAAGGCUGUCUCAUGGAGUUUACAGAUUUGAUGACGAACUUUCAGAAGAUGAGCUGAAGAAGUUCAUUGAGGAGGCUUUGGACGAUCUAGGCUAUGAUGUGCUGCCCCCAGGAGCUUGGUGCCCAGGUUUUGCUAGGGUUGGCAAGAACCAAGUUAGCCUCUCCAAAAUGUUAGGCCAACGAGUGGUCCCCAGAGCGGUCAAGAGCAGAGGCAAAGGGGUCAUGGACGGCCCAGUGCCAGGCCUCCAAGGCUUGACUGCCGACUUAGCCCCUGAACUUGUCAGUGAGGUUUUCCCCAUUGACCCGGCACCGCCAGGCAAGAUCUGGGUCUCCUUCGGAGGUCCAGGCGACAUGGCAACACUUUCUGAAGUCCUGGUGUCGAAGGGCCAGGGUAUCCGAACUGGUAGCUUGGAAGGGCUUGCACACAUCGAUGGGCAAUGGCUGCAUGUUCGCCUGAUUGACGAGCAGCAGUUCAACAGUUUGGUGUCCAAAGGCAAUGCGCCUACUCCUUCUGCAAGGUUGGCCAGGGACUUAGGAGUAGAAGAAGCAAGCGGUUCCCAGGAGAAGGCUGCCACCUCAGGAGAACAGAUGAGUGAGGACGCGAGGACGUUGUAUGUUGACUACGAUGAUGAAGGUGAGCGUUUCAAGGAGUGGAGGCAGGUCACCCUUGAGAGCAGGGAGUACAACUACAAGGAUUGGCCAUUAGAUGGCCCAAUGACGACGCACCAUUUCAUCAAGCAUACAUACCGACAUGGAGGAGAUCCAAAGCGCUGGUUGUCAGAGUGGAUGCGCGCCAAACAAAUACAAGAAGGUGAUCGUAUCAGCUUCGAAAUGAAGAUUCUGAUCGAGAGCCUCUACAUAGCCGGCACAUACGACCAACUCAAUGUCAGUGGGCUGGCUUCUGUGGAAAUCCUGGUCCGGAGAAUCCAAGCCAUCGUGGACGCGUACUCCGCCGGGCCCAUUCCAGACUGGAACUCAGCGAAGAUCAUGACCCUCUACAGGUCACCUGAGGAUGCGAUCAGCCCUCAGCUCAAAACUUGGGCUGCCAGAAGGAACAAGGAGGAGCUUGACCUUGCGCAAACGCGAGCAAAAGUCCGGGAAGGCAGAAGGGUUGCAAUCUUGACUGAGGAGAGCGCUGCAAGUGCAGUUGCGGAUGGAGUGCUUCCAGCCGGGGGGCCGAAAGCCAAGGCCAAGCAGAAAGGCAAAGGUCGCGGCUUGGAGAGAAGCGCUCAGCGUGUGGCAAGAAAAGGCCACGUCGACCAAAGGACUCAGGAUGCUGUUUUGAGCUUGAACUGGUUAGCUGGCUUUGGUUUCACAGAGAAUUCAGGAAUUUAUGCGCCUGAUCCACUUCAAAGGAACGUGUUGGAUCGUGUGCACUUUUUAGCGAACCUCUGCAACUCGAAAGGAGAGCUGGACCAGGUUCCCAAACCGGAGGCAGCCCUGAUGGCGCUGCUCCAGGGCCGUUCUGAGUAUGGCUCCGAACUGCCGACUACUUUGGCGGUCUGCGACCUCGAGCGCAUUUCUCUUCCACAUACUUUGCAAGGUGCACCAGAGGCUGUAUCUUUAUUGGAUGAGAAAGCCCGUCGAUACUUGCAGGACCCCGAGCAAAUGCUGAGGGCGUUGGGCUGCGACCUUCGUGGAGAGCUCAUGGCUUCAAGGGUGACCCCCAGAAAGGUGACAAACGAGUGGAAAGCUGGAAGUUUGGAGGACCAGGAGUACCUUCAGCUCAGUGGUUGGGGCCUCAAUGAAGCUUUUGAGGAGGUGCCGGGAUAUUUGCUCCAAAAGGGCCGAUGGACGCCACGGCUCUGGGGUAAGUGGAAUCAUGAGGCAGGUAUUUUGGAGCUAGAGGAGUAUGACGAGUCCAAAAGCUUGACCCAUGCCAUCCCCCGGACCGUCACAGAAGCGGAGGGAACCCACUCUGAAGCCUCCUUUCGAGAGGUCCAGAACCACAGCUCCCAAGCGGAGCCGGGCGUGUUCAACCUGCUAGAUGUGGUUUUGAGUGCACCAGUGAAGAGUGCCAAAAGGGCACGCUCGGAGAGCAGCACCGGCUCCACCAGCUCGACUCAGAGCGCAAAGAAAAAGAAAAGAACAGACAAGGCAGUCGAACGCACUUGGUGGGGGCUCAUGCAAGCCUAUCCGCCUAUCCUCGAUUCGAUUUGGUCAGCAUCUGAUAACAAAGAGUUUCCCAACCCGGCACACGUCAACGAGCUUGUAUGCGAAACAGACAACGUCCGGAAGCAGAUUGAGGAUAAUCCGGACAAGGGCUGGGCCAUUACUGUCUACCUUUUUGUCCUCGUCAUGUGGACUCUGAUGAAACUUGCCCAUGACUGGGCUUUGCUGGCAGAUGUAGCAGAAGACUUUACACUAGUGAUCGGUGUGCUUUCAUGGGCUUUUCAGUUGCUGGCAUCCUUUGCAGCCUUAUACUGGGCAGCUGCUGUGACCGACGUCUUUGUCUCCAGGGUGCCUGAAGGUAAUGGUGCUUGCUAUUACCAACUGCAGCCUUUCGCAACUUUGACAGCCUUGGGUGCGGCGCUUUUGCUGCUAUACUUUAGUCAUGUGAAGAUGAACAACUUGGUCCUAUCCCUUGUGAACUACUUUUGCAAAAUAUUCAACGUGCCAUACGGUGCAGUUAAGGGCAUAGCUGCGUCGCAGCCUUUGCUGACCAAAGGAUUGCAUGGAGAUUCCGAUGUUCUACCUUCGCCACAUCAGCAGCUUGAAUGUCGAAACCGGAAGCGGCUGUGCAUUUUCGUCAGAAGUCUUUAUUGGUUUUGUUUGUUGUCGUAUGGGCGGCUAACUGUUCCGUUCGACUUCUUUGGGAACCUCUUCCUGCGAGUGACAGAACUGGCUGUCAGCCAAGCUUGGUCUUUGGCCCCCGUGGUGUUCCUCAAACUUGCCACUCUGCUGGCAGCUGCUGCGACUCCGGUCAUUGGUGGCGCUUUGGCAGCUUCUAUGCUCGUUACUGUGAUACAGGAGGCUCUUUCAGACUGGCGCAGUCUUCGGGCCAUUGACAAGCUCACAGUAUCUGCUCAACCUCUCCUUUCUACUGCAUUGCUUCUGUUGGCGUUGAGCACCUCUGGCGCCGCCGUCCGACACAGCCCCUCGGCGGCCGACACAGUAUACUUCGCGCCGGCGGACACGGCACUUGGCGCCGGCCGACAAGCACACCCAGCCGCCGCCGACACGCCCACCCCGCCGGCCGACUUACCGCGGCCGACACAAUUUAAGCCAGAUGCCAUGCACGCCACUGGUGAAUUCUUCUUUCGCACUUGGUGGGGGCUCAUGCAAGCCUCUCCGCCUCUCCUCGAUUCGAUUUGGUCAGCAUCUGAUAACAAAGAGUUUCCCAACCCGGCACACGUCAACGAGCUUGUAUGCGAAACAGACAACGUCCGGAAGCAGAUUGAGGAUAAUCCGGACAAGGGCUGGGCCAUUACUGUCUACCUUUUUGUCCUCGUCAUGUGGACUCUGAUGAAACUUGCCCAUGACUGGGCUUUGCUGGCAGAUGUAGCAGAAGACUUUACACUAGUGAUCGGUGUGCUUUCAUGGGCUUUUCAGUUGCUGGCAUCCUUUGCAGCCUUAUACUGGGCAGCUGCUGUGACCGACGUCUUUGUCUCCAGAGUGCCUGAAGGUAAUGGUGCUUGCUAUUACCAACUGCAGCCUUUCGCAACUUUGACAGCCUUGGGUGCGGCGCUUUUGCUGCUAUACUUUAGUCAUGUGAAGAUGAACAACUUGGUCCUAUCCCUUGUGAACUACUAUUGCAAAAUAUUCAACGUGCCAUACGGGGCAGUUAAGGGCAUAGCUGCGUCGCAGCCUUUGCUGACCAAAGGAUUGCAUGGAGAUUCCGAUGUUCUACCUUCGCCAUAUCAGCAGCUUGAAUUUCGAAACCGGAAAACAGCUUGGUCUUUGGCCCCCGUGGUGUUCCUCAAACUUGCCACUCUGCUGGCAGCUGCUGCGACUCCGGUCAUUGGUGGCGCUUUGGCAGCUUCUAUGCUCGUUACUGUGAUACAGGAGGCUCUUUCAGACUGGCGCAGUCUUCGGGCCAUUGACAAGCUCACAGCGACGCAGCUCUUCGACUGGAGGCAACAGAGCGACCAAGAUGUCAGCUGUCGCUUGUUUGAUGAUGAAGCAUCCACCCACGUCCUGCCUGCUGAGCCACGCUUGCAAGAAAAAUCAGUACUAGAAGUGGACCAGGCACAGCCUUCACGGCUGCACUACGAGGGACUGCAAUUGUAUUCUCAACCAGCUAGCUCGGACGAUGCUUGGAAGAGUUUAAACAAGUUGUCGAAGGGGCCACAAAUCAACCUUAAUCACUACCGGGGUUUUGUUGGACCUUAUGAGGCUUAUGCGGACAUGUCAGGGCUUGAAUUUUCCUUGUUGUAUCUGAGCGGCUUGAAAGAAACGGACUCUCUGCUUGACAUUGGCUGCGGUGCACUGCGUUUGGGGCGGGUGGUUUCGCCAUACCUAUUGCCUGGGAAAUACCAUUGCAUUGAGCCAAACAGCUGGCUUGUCCGAGAGGCCCUUCAUUAUGAAAUUGGGGAACAGAUCUUGUGGCUGAAGCAACCCAAAUUUGCUUUCAAUGACAAAUUCCAAGCACCACUGGCAGACUCGACUUUCAACUUUUUGAUUGCGCAAUCCAUUUUCUCUCACACUGGCCUGGAUAUGUUUGAAGGUGCAAUGAAGAAGAUUAAAGGCUACAUGACUGAUGCUUCAGUUUUCUUGCUCACUUUUGUGAGGGUCGGCAACUGGCCAAACUGUACAACAAGCGAAGGCUGGCUUUAUCCAGGUUGCUGUGCGAUGACAGACGAGGCAAUACAACAAGUGGCGACCAGACAUGAGCUCUUUGCAGUCCCGCUGAAAUGGCGGCAUGACAGGCAGCAAUGGUGGGCAUGGAAGGAACAGGUUCUGACCCAAGCCUGGUGUUCAGUGGACAUUGCCCAGCUGUAUCCUGAGCAGACAGAAUGA